AUGUCUUCACACACCACCGUUGAUUUAUUCUCAGUUCCUCGAGUGGGAGUUUCCACAUUCAUCAUCCGAAAAGUCAACGGAGUGGAUUGUGUCUUGGUUGGAAAAAGAAAAGGAUCCCAUGGUGCAGGAUGUUACCAGCUCCCAGGUGGACACUUGGACUAUGGAGAAUCAUGGGAAGAGUGUUGUGCCCGAGAGGUCAAAGAAGAAACCAAUCUCGAUAUUUCCGAUAUUUCCUUCAUCACUUGUACCAAUGAUUUAUUCGUGAAAGAACAACGUCAUUAUGUUACCAUCUUUUUACGCUCCUUCACAUCCAACAAUGAACAACAAGCAGAAUUAUUAGAACCACACAAAUGUGAAGGAUGGCAAUGGAUUCCAAUUGAACAAUUGAAACAUCUCGAUAAUUUAUUCCUUCCACUUGAGAACUUUCUCAAAACAAACUCUCCAUCGAAAAUUCUUCCUUGA